AUGGAAAAGCUGGGCAUUAAGCGCCGACUCGAAGCAGUUGGCUUCGAUUUCGCUGCAUAUCGCGCCCACGUAGAGGGCACAGACGAAGCUGCAAAGGAUCCCUCGCUGCACCUGGGUGCUAUUGGCCGGCGUCUGGAUGCUGAGCUCGAGAAAGUGUUGGGUUCAGAGAAGAUGGACGAGCUGAAGAAAACGGCAGACUCUAUCAAGUCCGAGGAGCUGCUCAAGGCUGCCCCCAACGAUCCAACCCUUCAACAAGCCAUUGAAGACUGCAAGAAACCCUGCACGCAGAAAGCUGUCGAAGACCACACUUGUGCCAAGCUGGACGUUUGCUGCACUACUUACGGCAACAGCAAAUGCAUUCGCCUCCCCGGCCAGCCCACGCUUGCUGAUCAACAGAUUAAAGACCCAUAUUCAAACGCAGAUGCUGCAGACAGCGGAGGUGCUGUCAAGAAGGAGGAGUUCCUUGCUCCAUUCUUUGGGCUGCACACCAUAGCAGCCGAGAAGUCUGCGAGCCAGCAAUGGGCCGCGACAUACCCCCCAAGGCUUCCCAGCUCUCAAAACCCGAAGGCCCUGGCGAAGUUUGCUUUGUCAUACAUGACAAGCAUCGGCCAUACCUACGGCAGCGCACCCAUGGGCAAGGUGGUGGACGACAAGUUCCGGGUUAUGGGUCUCAACGGGCUUUCUAUUGUUGAUGCCUCUGUGCUUCCUCAGCUGACCAGAAUGAACCCAGUCUACACCAUCAUGUCCCUCGGGAGGUACGCCGGUGAGACUAUGCUACAGGAGCACGCGUGA